AUGGCCCAGGCAUGUGAGGAGCAGGGUCCCAACGCGCUGAGCGGCGCGGCAGCGGCGGCCGAGGAGGCCGAGGCACAGGAGCGGCUCCUGCGGCCGCACGCGGGGACCCCAGAGCGUCGGCCAAGCUUCGGUUCGCGGCUGCGGCGCGCCUUUGCCGCCCUGGUCGUGCUUCCGGACCCGCAGGAGGAGGAGGAGGAGGCGCACGGGCCGGAGCUGCAGCUGACUCGCACCCACUCGGGCGCCGAGUGCGCAAUCUGCCUCGCAACCCUCGGCUCAUGCGCGCGCGCCGUCUCCGGCUUGCCGCUGGAGCCUGUCGCUGCGCCACGCCGCGGCGGCCGGCAGUACCGCUUCCUCGACCUCGGCGACUUCGGGAGGGCGGGGAUGCUGUACCUCCUCUCGUCAAACGAAGACCGCAAGACGGCCUCGAGCGCCGCGCGUGUGCCGUGCACCAUCCACCUCAACUACCGCUCGGCGAGGCACGUGGCCGAGGGGCGGCAGGAGGCGUGGCUGCGGGCCAAGGGCUUCGCGCCAAACGGCGCGCUCCGCUCGGCGGUGAGCUCCGGCGUCCCGAACGGCCCCUACUCGGGCCCUGUCUACUCCAAGGUGCUGAGCGAGCCCGGCUCCGUAGAGCUGAUGGGCUCCGCCACUUGGGAAGGCACCUACUUCGUCUUCAUCGACUGCAGCUGAGGCCGCGAGACGACACGCCACUCGCACACUCACACAGCGCGCAGCCACACUCACAUACGCACGCACGCGCGCAAGUAGCUACUCACGCGUUGCGAGCGCGCGCACGCACGCACUGGAGAUGGAUGAAUUCUAGGAGAUUCUGUAUAUAGCUACGGUCUCGCCGUGCCGUCGUCUCUCUCGUCGGCACGUUACGCGGUACGGCCAGUGAUGAUGUCGAGACUGUUCGUGGGGGUUGUGUGCGCUCUGACGCUUUGAGUGACUUGCCUGCUCGCCCCGCGGUGCUGAUCCAGAUGUGUGCUGCUAGUAGCGCGCGCUCUACGUGUACUCUCUCUUGUCAAGUGUUCGUCUCACUCGUCUGUAUAGACAGCAAUGGGUGC